AGAUCUAGCGAUCGCUUGCCUCCCAUCAUCCGACUCGGCAUCUCUCUCGUUGUUGCAAUUGCAGCCAUUCCCCGCAUCGAAAAGCGACUUCGUGCUACCCCUCGCCAAUCCACACCACCUCCCUCGACAAGCUCCUGCUGCCACCAUGGUGGUCUUUGAAGGCCACGAGUUCCUCACUGAGGAGGAGAGGCGCCUCAAGGAAGAUCGUGAUCGUACCAAGUACUGGAAGAAAUGGGGUCCCUACGUUUCUGAGCGACAAUGGGCCACAGUCAGAGAAGAUUACAGCGCCGACGGAGACGCUUGGAGCCAUUUCCCCCACGAUCACGCCCGGUCCCGAACCUUCAGGUGGGGCGAAGACGGCAUCGCAGGUGUGUCCGACACCCAUGGCUGGCAGAAUAUUGCCUUCGCCUUUUGGAAUGAAGAAGAUGAUUUCCUCAAGGAGCGCCUCUUCGGCCUUUCCAACCCGCAGGGCAAUCACGGAGAGGGCGUCCGGGAAGCCCACUUCCAUGUUGACAACACCCCGACUCACUCUUACAUGAAGUUCCUCUACAAGUACCCUCAGAAGAAGUUUCCCUACCAAGAGCUGCGUGACGAAAGUGCUCGCCGAACGAAGGAAGACAGAGAGCACCAGAUCACCGACACCGGGGUGUUUGACGAGGAUAGGUACUGGGACAUCUUCAUCGAAACUGCCAAAGAAACCGACGACCCUGACGAGAUUCUUUUCCGAGUCACGGCCUGGAACAGAGGCCCCGAUCCUGCUCCGUUGCACAUCAUUCCCCAUGUCUGGUUCCGCAACACUUGGAGCUGGGGCAGAGAACCCGAGAGCAAGAAGCCAUCCAUCAAGUACCAGGAUGAAACGAUGGUCAAAUCAGACCAUUGGAAUCUGGGAGAGCGUUACGUCCUAUGCUCUCCAUCCCCUGGUGUGGGAUCUAGUGGAAAGGAUGUCAUGCCUAAGUUCAUGUUCACUGAAAAUGAUACGAACUUCAAGGCUUUGUACGACCAAGAGAACAAGCAGCCAUAUGUCAAGGAUGCUUUCCACAGAUACAUCGUGGACGGUGAAAAGGACGCCAUCAAUCCUGCCCAGACUGGCACAAAGUGCGGCGCAUGGUUCAGCUUCAACGAAGACGGUGGUGUGAAUCCCGGAGAGUGCGCCGUCGUUCGAUUCCGCUUCACUAAGCGGGAUGAUGGCUACCUCGAUGAAGAAGAGUUCGAUGAUGUGAUUGAGAAUCGCAUUGAAGAAGCCGAUGAGUUUUACUACAGACUUAGCCCCCUACCUAUGGCCGACGAUCUUCGCAACAUUCAACGUCAAGCAUUCUCAGGCAUGAUGUGGACGAAGCAACACUAUUACUUCGUCUGGGAUCACUGGGCGAACGGCGAUCCUACCAUGCCUCCCCCACCCGACUGUCGUAAAGGGAUAAGGAACUCACAAUGGAAGCAUAUGCACUGCGACGACAUCCUGUCGAUGCCCGAUUCCUGGGAAUACCCCUUCUUCGCUGCAUGGGAUAGUGCGUUCCACUGCAUCCCGUUGGCCAUGAUUGACCCCGACUUUGCCAAGAAGCAGCUCGACCUCUUCACCCGCGAGUGGUACUGCCAUCCAAACGGGCAGCUUCCAGCAUAUGAGUGGAACUUUGGCGAUGUGAAUCCACCAGUCCACGCUUGGGCUACGUUCAGAACCUUCAAGAUUGAGCGGAAGAUGUACGGCCGUCAAGAUCUUGAAUUCCUUGAGCGUGUGUUCCAGAAGCUCCUCCUUAACUUCACAUGGUGGGUAAACCGUAAGGAUGCCGACGGCAAGAACGUUUUUGAAGGAGGCUUUUUGGGGCUGGACAACAUUGGCUUGUUCAACCGCUCAGAGCCCUUGCCCACGGGAGGCGUGCUAGAGCAAGCAGACAGCACCGGUUGGAUGGCGUUCUACUGCCUCUCCAUGCUGAACAUUGCCCUGGAAUUGGCCAAGCAUCGUCGCGUCUAUGAAGACAUUGCAUCGAAAUUCUUCGAGCAUUUCAUCUUCAUCAGUGACGCAAUGACUUUCCGAACUGGUCUGAAGGAGGAGCAAUCGCUCUGGAACGAGAAAGACGGGUUCUACUAUGAUGCCAUUUCAUGGGGCGGCCCCUGGAUCCAGCAACUUCCUGUCAGGUCGCUCGUGGGCCUGAUUCCCCUCUAUGCGACUAUCACGCUAGAACCCGAGCUACUGAACAAGCUCCCGUCGUUUAAAAAGAGGGUUGAUUGGUUCAUGGAGAACCGUUGUGACUUGGCAGAGAGAAACAUGGCCAGUAUCCGAAAGCGCGGAAAGGGAAAUCGACUCCUGCUCUCCAUCGUCAGCAAGGACAGACUGGAGAAGAUUCUCAAGCGCAUGCUUGACGAGGAUGAGUUCUUCAGCGACCAUGGAAUUCGAUCUUUGUCCAAGUUCCACAAGGAGAACCCGUUCUCGAUGGACGUCAAUGGGCAGAAGUUUGCAGUCGGAUACGUGCCAGGCGACUCUGACAGUGGGCUCUUCGGCGGAAACAGCAACUGGAGAGGUCCGAUCUGGCUGUGUGUCAAUUUCCUCCUGGUCGAGUCGCUGCAGCGCUUCUUCCUCUUCUACGGACCUGAGUUUCAGGUUGAGUGCCCAACUGGUAGCGGGGACUUCAUGCAUUUGGGCAAGGUUGCUGAAGAGAUCCAGCACCGUCUGCAACAUCUCUUUGCUCGAACUGACGACGGCCGGCGAAGCAUCAACGGAGGUGACGAUCGGCUCGACUUUGACGAGCACUGGAAGGACUACCUCUGGUACUACGAAUUCUUCGACGGUGAUUCUGGGCGUGGUCUGGGUGCCAGUCACCAGUGUGGCUGGACAGGACUCAUUGCUCGCAUGAUUCACGAUACUGGUGUCAACUGUCGUCUCCCCCAAACCCCUCGAACGCCAUCUAUCGGGAUGUCACACUACUUUGAUGAAAUGGUCAGCCGGACCGUCGAUCACGGCACCCAUGCUAACGGCAUGCCUCGUCUAAGACGGUCGUCUACGGCACGCUCAAUCGGAGCACGUAGUGACUUUGAUGACGACAGUCACUCGGCCAAUUCAGUCCGCCUCGAUGAUCCAGAACGGGUCAGAGAGCGGAGCGUGGCUGAUGGUCACAUGCAUAGCUACAUCUCAGAGCAGUUGAGCAGAUACAGGGACGAGAGUCUCUCGGGCAACUACGAACAUGACGAUGAGUUUGAAGCCAAGGCAUCAUCUUGAAGGGCCCAGGGAUGGACGUGGCGAUCAGGAGAAGAGCGAA